CGUGAAAAGCAGGGUCAGGAACUCUAGCAAAACAUUACUAAACUUUGUGAGCAAGAGGAAAAAUGGCCGUAAGAGAGCAAUUCACGAACCCACUGGAGCCCCUAGUAGUCCAUACAAGAUAGCUAAAUUGAGUGAAAGAUGUCACAUCCAGAGACGUGGCAAGAAGGGAAAGCAUGCCAUACGUCAAAACGGGGAAAGAGAAUUCCUAAGGACAAAACUCUUCCAAUUGGAGAUGUGGCUUUGAAUUCCUCUUCACUGAAUACAUUGGAACCUAUAAUUGAUAACAAGGAACUUAUGAACCGUGGUUCAAAGAUAAGGAGUAAAUUCAAGUGUAAAGAGAAAUCAAAGCAUAAGAAACAGGUGACAUUUUCUGAGGAAACACCGGAGGAUGAUAUUGCAGAAAAUCAAUCGCCGCCGCUUCCUCGGUGGAGCAAGAAGAAGAUCGUCUUCGAGUACGAGAGAGAGAUCAUGGCAGAUGCCGCACAUUUAGAGAGGAUGGGACGAGAGCUCAAGUGCCCCAUCUGCUUAAGUCUGUUGAAUUCAGCCGCUUCACUCACGUGUAAUCAUGUUUUCUGCAAUUCAUGUAUCCACGCAUCAAUGAAGUCUGCAGCCAAUUGUCCAGUUUGUAAAGUUCCUUUCCGGCCCCGAGAAAUCCGCCCUGCUCCUCAAAUGGAUAACCUGGUCAACAUUUACAAGAGUCUGGAAGCUGCAUCAGGAGUGAACAUAUUUGUUACUCAAACCGAAACAUCAACUAAAACAAUAGGUGAUGAAAACAAAUCCGACAGCCCAAAAACCAUUGAAUUUGCAGAAUAUGAGAAUGCAUCACAAAAGACCAUGAAUGAAAGUCACACUUCAAGUUUUCUUAGAGCUUCAUUUCCAACCAAGAAAAGGGUUCAAGUCCAACAACAUUACCAUUUAGAAAGUCCCCCACCAACAAAAUUGGUUGUUGAAACUGGUGAAGUCACAGUCACUGAACCCCAUAAUAGUCCUCUCGUAAACAAAGGCAAGAGGGUCUUAAACGAGAGGGGAGAGCUGAACAUUUGUCCAUUUUUCUGGUUGAGAGAAGAUACAGAGAAGUCAACUCAGCAGUCGGCUGAAUCAGACAGGGAUAAUCCCACAGAUACACCUAGUGACAUUCCUUGUUUUAGUGAUAUGAAGGACUCUGAUGAUGAAAAUCCUCUUGAGAUGUCUCCAAAAAGCGUAGCCCCCGGUGACAUAGCAAAGAAUACUCAUUUUUUCGAUAGUGAGAUGUUUGAAUGGACACAAAGACCUUGCUCCCCCGAACUUCUUUCAAGCCCACUAAAACUGCAGGUUGAAGAUAGUUUUGAAUGUGAAGGAGUUGUACAGGAUACAGGGGCAACAAUAGUGGAUUUAAAUACACUUCUUGGUCUCAAAAGUGGGACCAUAAAAAACAUAACUGAUGAAAAUGGAAUAAACAUUGAAGAUGUUAAUCAACCCAGUAUAUCUUCUCCAAGGAAUGAGAUGAGUGGCGUGAAAAGCAGGCAUAAGAAACAGGUGACAUUUUCUGAGGAAACACCGGAGGAUGAUAUUGCAGAAAAGUUUGAAGACACAUCAAUUGAGGACACUCAGAUUCCUGAAAGCACAUCAAAUAAUCUGUGUAUGAACACAAAUAAUUUGCCAAAAACAAAAACGUCACUUUGCAAUUUGAGUGGCUCGGUUUUGCAAAAGUGUCAGACGAAUCCUGCAAAAAUCCAAUGUGCAUUUUGCCAUAGUGCAGUAGAGUCCGAGGAUUCAGGACUUAUGGUGCACUAUCUGAAUGGAAAGCCUACCACAGACCAUAUUGGAGCAACAAAAAUCAUAAGUGUGCACAAAAAUUGUGCAGAGUGGGCACCAAAUGUAUAUUUUAAUGAUGAUGAUGAAAUCAUUAAUCUUGAAACGGAAUUGAGGAGAAGUAGGAAUAUUUCCUGCAGCUUCUGUGGAGUUAAAGGUGCAGCUCUGGGCUGCUAUGAGAAGACUUGUCGUAAAAGUUUUCACGUUCCCUGUGCAAAGAGGACACCGCAGUGUCGAUGGGACUAUGAUAACUUUGUAAUGUUAUGCCCUCUACAUGCAUGUCAUAAAUUGCCAACUGAGUUACCUGCAUUCAGAUCAAGGGAGAAAAGGAAAUGUGAGCUGAGGAAUUCUUGUAUCAAUCAACCUCAAGUUUCAGUUGGAAUCGAUAGUCAUGGAGGACUUUGGAAAUCUCAGAGCAAAGAUAAAAGCUUGGUGCUUUGCUGCUCAGCUAUCUCUGAUGCAGAGAAGGCUAUUGUUUCUGACUUGGAGCGGUUGUCAGGUGCAACACUACUGAAGACUUGGGACCCAAGUGUAACCCAUCUCAUUGCAUCUACAGAUGAGAAUGGGGCAUGUAAAAGAACAUUCAAGUUUUUGAUGGGUGUCUUGGGGGGUAAAUGGAUCCUCACAAUUGAAUGGAUUAAAGCUUGCUUGAAUGCUGCAGAGCUUCUUGAUGAACACCAAUAUGAAAUUGCAGUCGAUACUCACGGAGUCAGAGAUGGUCCUAGACUUGGCAGAUUAAGAAUGUCAAAUAAGCAACCCAAGCUUUUCAAUGGAUACAAGUUUUAUUUCAUGGGAGACUUUUUGCCUUCAUACAAAAAGUAUUUGCACGACCUGGUGGUUGCCGCCGGUGGAAUUGUCCUGAACAGGAAGCCUGUGGAUGAGCCAGCUCUUUCAACUGGAUCCUCACCAACUCUCAUUGUUUACAGCCUUGAGUUACCCGAUGGCAAAUGUGAGCCAAGGGAGAAAAGUUCAAUCUUUGAGAACAGGCGGUUGGCUGCAGAAGCUUUGGCUAGUUCCACGGGUUCCUUAGCUGCAACCAAUUCAUGGAUUCUAGACUCCAUUGCAGGCUCCAAGUUGCAGCGCCUUAUAUAACCCUUCAAAACCUUCUGCGUCUCCUCUGCUCCACAAUGGUGAGUAUAUAAAGCAUUAAUCAUUGGUUUGCAUUGGUGCUUUGGGUCUCCCUUGUUGCUGAUGUAGGAGAUUGGACUUUGUUUUAUCACUUCUUGGGCAAGUUUUAUGGUUAGAUGCCUCCUGGUGGAAUGGCAUUUUUUGGAAAAUGUUAUGGAGUAGUAUCAAGUAAGCGGAGGAAUAAAAGUAGAUUCAAUAU